CGCGUGCUGGGGCGAGCGGUCUUGCUUGGACGGAAGGCCGCGUUGGGUUCGCUCCAUCCCCAGUCCUGGUUCCCGGAGUCGAUUGGGAGGAGGCAGACAGGCACGGCCCCGACCGGUCCCGACCUAACGCUGCAGAGCGUGGACGCCUUGCACAAUCGCCAGUGGCGGCGACUUUUUGAGACACACGUAGGUUAUCAACUCAGGCUGAGAUUUAGAGUUUGCGUGCGUGGGAGCUUUGCGAAACCCACGUUCCCGAGGAUUCUUGUAUGUUGCUUCGGCCUUAAACGCUUUGAAAACUCGCAUCUCAGUUGUUUAUAUUUCACGAUUGAUCGUUUUAAAUGUUGUUCUUUUCUUUUUUUUUUUUUUCCCCUCGUCCAUCUUGGGUUUGCUUGCUUCUCGUUAUGAGCCAUGUUCCUGUCUUACAUCCCGUAGGGCGCGAUGUCUGAUCAAGAGCGCAUCCAGGAAUGCCUGCGGAAAGAAAUAAGGUCCCUUCUCAUUUCCGCCAAAGAUGGUUUGACCCCGCAGCAGUUGGAAAAGGAGUACCUUCUGAUGGUGGGGAGCCAUUUACCGCUCCGGAUCCUUGGGUAUCGGUCCACCAUGGAGUUGGUGCUGGACAUGCCUGAUGUUGUCAGUAUCUGCCCCUGUGGGGAUGGAACUGUGAUACUGAAAGCCAUUCCAGAUGAAUCCACCAAAGGAAUAGCAAGUUUAGUUGCAAAACAGAGGAGCAGUCAUAAGGUUCGGAACUCUAUGCAGAAGGGAAGGACCGGUGUUUGCUUGGGGCCAAGCUUUCAUCGGCAAGUACCUUACCGAGGAAGGGUGCCCCCUAUCCUUCCAGCUGUCGUGAAGAGUGAGCUGAAGGACCUCCUGGCGUUAUCUCCUGUUCUCCUUUCUGAUUUUGACAAGGCAUUUGCCAAGCGAUUCGGACGCUCAUUCCAGUACAUGCAGUAUGGGUUCCUGUCUAUGUUUGAAGUGCUGAAUGCCGCUUCGGAUGUCAUUUCUGUAGAGCAGACCAGAGCAGGCUCCUUGCUGAUGCUAAAGAAGAGCACGUCGGAGGAAAAGCCGAGAGGGUGGCCAGCGGAAGGUAAAAUGUUUACCCAGCCUUUCAGGAUGAAACAGGAAGGGUCAACCCCCCCAGGCUUCCCAGGAGCAAAGGCACGCUUUUCACGACCCAGUUUAAAUAUGGAACCAGUGAAGCAAGUACUGAACGUGAGGAAGACUCCUGAGUCCAGUGGAGCGGAGAUGUCAAGGCUGAAUGACACUGAAAAACUAAACCAGUUGGAGAACACCUUCAAAUCAGUUAUUGCACAGAUUGGACCUGGUGGCACCAUCAAUCCAGAACUAAAACAUAAGAUAAAAUUUGUUGUGUCCAAGUUUCCAGAGGGAUUGCUUAUUUCUAAACUGCUUAGAGAGUUUGAGGUGGUUUUUAAAGAGCAACUUUCACCAAAAAAACUGGGCUUCUUAAAUGUGAUAGAGCUCGUUGGGGCUCUCAGUGACAUUCUCUACGUGGAGUUCAGGGAAGCAGAGCAGGACUUACUGCUGUUCGAUGCCGAUCUGAGGCCUCUGCCACGGGAUGCAGCGGUUUCAUCAGUGAGAAAUACAUGUUUAGUUCAGUCAGAUAAGAAGAUAGAAGCCAAAGCCUGUGUCUCGAGUCCCCCUAGAAAUGCAUCAUCGUCUGCUGCUGCUCUGAGGGAGAACACGUGGGCCUGGUCCUUUAAAAAUCACAAAGAGCCGGAACAGAAGAGUUACAAGAAGCCUAACCUGGUGGUGAAGCCUUUACAGCUGCAACUAGAAAUGGACAGAUCACAGCUCAACGUGGCAGCGGCCAGUCACGACACCCCACCAGACGCUGUGCGGGACAGGAAGUUGUGCAGACUGCCGCCGCUAGACACCAGCACCCUGGUGGGGGUCUUCGUGGAGUACGUCGUCUCUCCCAGCCAGUUCUACAUCCGCAUCUGCAGCAGGGACUCGUCGGAGUUGCUUGAGGACAUGAUGAUUGAAAUGCGGCGCUGCUACUCGAAUCAGCUGGUGUCCGACCGCUACGUCAUGCCGGAGCACUUCAUCCGCCCCGGGCACCUCUGCUGUGUGAGGAUCUCUGAGGACAAGUGGUGGUAUCGGGUCGUCAUCCAUCGCGUCCUCGGGAAGCAGGAAGUGGAAGUGUUCUACCCCGACUUCGGCAACAUCGGAACCGUCCAGAAGUCCUCCCUGAGGUUCCUCAAGUGCUGCUACACGAAGCUUCCAGCUCAGGCUAUCCCUUGCUCUUUGGCUUGGGUGAGACCAGCAGAGGGAUAUUGGACAUCCACAGCUGUUUUGCAGUUCCAGAAGUUGUGUGGUUUGAAGCCGUUGGUGGGGGUGGUGGACGAAUACAUCGAUGGGAUCCUGAACAUCUUCCUGUGCGACACGUCCUCAAACGAAGACGUCUACUUCCAUCACGUCCUGAGAGCAGAGGGCCAUGCUAUUGUGUGCCGAGAAAACGUCCCUUCUAAGGGUUUCAGCGAACUCAACCCUUUGGCUUUGUACACGAAGUCCAGCGGGGGGCCGGAGGAUGUGGUCUUGACAGAACGGGUCUGCCCUUCCCAGCACCACUACUUUAAGGAAGUCCAGGAGAUAAGUCCACAGUCAAAAGAGGGCGAUUUAUACACUCUGGAUAUUAAUGAUGAAAAGGUUGUCAUUGGCCUUAAGUAUGAGUCAGAGAAGCCAUUAAAGGACUCAGAAUUCAGCUCUUUGAAAGCCCAAGAUAAGAGCUGGAAGGAAGGUGCCAGGCGCUCCGUCCCAGGGCUAAAGGGUCUGAAGGAAGAGACUGAGGACGAGAUCCCCACCGGAAUGCCGUGCCUGGAGUCGGUGACCAUAGGCGACGAUGUCUGGGAUGAGAACUGGCUGCCCCUGCACGCUAAAAUGGGACCAGGAGGUGACGCUGCCCCCCACUUACUUACCUCCGGCCGCGGUGGAGAGAAGCCAUACCAGUCACGUGAAGAAACGCCAGAGAAGGAUUGGUGUUUCUCUACACAAGAUGUAUGGGAUGAUUCAUGUCAGCCUUCAGGCCUUGAGAAUGGAAUGCAAGCCAAAGUUCAAGAGCCGGAAGGACUGGGUGCUCAGGAAAAAAGUGCCGGGACGCCCAGGAUUCCAAAGCCACACUUGGAAGGUUCUCCCGAUCCCUCGGCGUUGCCCGAGCUGGAGGAGUUCUACGUGUCUCUCGUCCAGUCCCAGCAGCCCGCCGACGGGAGCCAGGGCGAGCCUCCCGUGGCCCAGACGCAGCCGGGGCCAGUUCCGCGCUCUGCGGCGGCCCUGGAUGCAGCUCCCCCCGCGGCGGAUCCCCCAGAAAGGCACUCCGGUUCAGGUAGGUUUUCAUGCAGGGGACACACCCAGUGGCUCGCCCCCUGGCCGAAAACCUCCUCUCAUUCAGAACGCACUUGGAAAAAUGCCGACUCAGGCAUUUGUCUGCAGUCGUGGGCGGGCACAGUUGCCACCCUCAUUGCCCCUCCGCUUGUUGGCUGGUUUCUGGGUCCCAUCCCCUGGUUCGCCAUCGCUAACUGCCACCACCCGACAGAAGAGGGCCGGGACCGGGUGGAAAGCUCCCCCGGGAGCCCGAAGAACGAUGACCUCUCCAGCAGCCACGCCCUCACGGUGUUCACGGAUAAGAGCCGUGGAGCCAUGGACCAGCUUUCUCUGAUUUUGUCUCCCGAGCACCAGGUUCCUCAGAGGUUCUACAUCCCUCGCAGCACGGCCACGGCCGCCUUAGGGGCGGCUGCCCGCCUGGCCACGUCCAGGAGCUUCCUGCACUGGUACCCCAGCGUGAAGGGGAUGGAGGCCUGA